AUGGAUUCUCCUACGCGUUCUUUCGAACAUCCGUCGUGGACGGCUCUUUCAACGCGACAAUCCGCUUCGCCUGUAAAUCCACCACCACAGCAAGCACAACCGUCGACCUCCUCUGCACCCGCAAGACGCUUCAAACGGCUUACAGAGCCGGGCCGACAAAUCCUCACAGAUUUCUACGCGAAUGAAACGCACUACCCCUCGUUAGAACAAAAGCACGCAUUGCUCGAUCGACUGCGAGCCGCAGGGGUAGAGUACCAUAUGACCAAUCUGAAUGCGUGGUUUACCAAUCGUCGGAAGAAACAGAGUCCCACGCUCUCUUCGCGCGAUUUAUUGUGGCCCUCGAUCACUCAAGAAAAGGAGAAGAAGAUCCAAACUCUUUUACAUGAUUUUCCUCAACCAUCCAGGGACAUGAUUAACGCUUGGGCUACCGUAGUGUCUGCACAGCCUGAGCACAUCAUUUUGUACAUCCAACACAUGGCGUAUAGCAUGGAACAUCACUUGCCACUCGCCACAACACCCGCGCACCCAGCAACGGCGUCAUUUGCAUCGAUCGUGGCUGCGUCAAAUGCCCACCUGGCUCGCCGACCGUCUGCUCAUUCUUCGCCUUCCUUUGCACUCAGGCCAGUCGACAGUCCGAUGGACAUUGACUCGCCCGAUGACGACUCUCUAGAGGCUGACCCUGCGCAUCUCCCUACCCCUUCCGUAUCCACUUCGCCCGAGCCCGCACCGCGCAGCUCCGCACGACCGCAUCUCACCCCCAUCCAGACAGCAAUGUCCGCCUCACCUACUCCACCCCCGUCGAUGAGCACAAUCAGCUCAUCACCCCAUGGGUACACAAGGCGCGGAUGUUCGCCGACGACGGCACCAACCACCUCGCUCGGCACGCGCGAUCCCAUAUCUCCCGUCUCAGCGAUCACUACGCCGCGCAUUCCGCGCCCGUCGUCAUUCGUGCUCCCGCGGCCCGAGUCGUUCGGGCGUCCGCGUCCAGGCAUGCUCGACUCGCCCGCCGUCUCGGAUCAGCGUACUAACCAGGCUCCUCUGUCGCCCCCUCCCACCGCGACUGUCACCGAGCCACCAACGCCGGUUACAGCUGCAGAUCUUUCGUUGCUCUCCCCGCUCGAGCGCAUCCGCGCCAUGCGCCGCGCGAGCUUCCAGCUGUCGGGCGAUGCGACCUCGUCCCCGAUCCUGCCCCCGUCUAUCUCGCGUGCGGGUGGCUCACACCCCUCGGCCGUGGCCACGACGACGACGACUGCCACCACGUCGACCACUACAUACGUGCCGUUUCUCCCCCCGCUCCCUGCCGAAGCGCCCAAGACCCCUGCGGAAUUCGCGGCAGCUCUCCGGCCCUACGCCGACUAUCAGCAGUCGUUCAUCCGACGCGUCAAGAACGGUGAGCUGCGCGCAUACGGGUUCACGCCUGAGAUGGUUCCGGAGUGA